AUGCGUACCCAGCAACUUCUCGCUCUCAGUGGCCUCUUGCUCGCCAGCAAUGUUGCUAUCGCCUCCAAGCUCGACCAUGAUGAUGUUCCCAACCGCUGCUGGGAAGCAUGUGGAUCAGUGGUGAAUACCGCCCAGCGCUGUGAUCAUCAACAUGAUGAUGACGACGCGGCUGAGAUCAAGUGCAUCUGUGAUUGGGAUAUUGCGAAGACCCAAGUUCCUCUCUGCGCAGCUUGUAUUGACAAGUAUGACCGUGACUACGAUACCGAUGACGAUGACGAUGAUGAAGAUGAUGACAACGAGGCUCGCGAGAUCGUCCGCUCGUGCAACUUCAGCACAACAACCUACAACGCUUCUGCGGCUACCAGUACCGGAUCGACCACCACGACUGGAUCGGUAGCUGCUGCUACAACUACCGGUGCUUCUUCUAGCACCGGUACCAGUAGCAACGUUGACAGUGGCAGUGCAGGUGCAAGUGCAACUGGCACUGAUACGAGCAGCAGCAGUGACCCGACUCAAGACUCGGCGUCUGCCACCCCGACCAAUGCUGCCGCGGGCAUGAAUGCCCCUGGUGCUAUAUCCAUGGCUGCCCUCGCUGGUCUGAUGCCCUUGGCUUGGCUCUAA